GGUGUAGUAGGAGGAGGUGAACUUACUGCAGGAUUUUGGUUUCAUUUCAAGUUUUAACAUUUGAACGUUUUAGUGAUGAUUUCCAGGCUUUGUUAGUAAAAUGUGUUGUUGUUUUUUGAGUCGCUGGACAAAUCAGUAGCUUUAUAACCAGCGGUUACUGCCGAUAAAAGCAGCUGAUGUGAGGUCAGGAAUGGCAGAAGCGCAGCCGGCGCGCGUGCAGAAGGCAGUAGAGGAGAUGCUGCAGAGUCUGGAGAAAGAUCACAUCCGGGAGAUGCAGGGCCGCAUGUUCCGCUGCAGUGCAGAGUGUUGUGAGAGUCCAGGACACUCCAUGAAGCAGGUGCACCAGUGUAUAGACCGCUGCCACGCUCCGCUGGCUGAAGCUCAAGGACUGGUCACCAGUGAACUCCAGCAGUUUCAGGAUCGUCUCACGGGGUGUACAGUGUACUGUAAUGACAAGGCGAAGGAUCUGUUUGACUCCGGGGCGAAGGAGCCUGCUGUGCGGGCGCUGAUGGACAGCUGUGUGAGCAGCUGUGUGGAUGAACACCUGAACCUGCUGCCCAGCAUGACUCGCAGACUGAAGGACAGCCUGAACUCAAAACCUCAGUGAAGCUCUGACUGUGGCCGAGGCUGUAGGAAAUGAUUCUUGUGGACUCAUGAGUUCACUGGAUGGAAGAAUGUGAUCUUUGCUGUCACCUGAUUGUGACUUGGUUAAUGGCAUGUGAUGAUUUCUGUCCAUAUUGUUUGUGGUUUUUGUACAGAAAAUAAAUAAUGUGAUCAAA